AUGAUUAAUUGAUAUAGUUUGCUUGGAGCGAGGAAGGAAGAACUAGAGUUUCAGGGCAUUGAAGAGAAAUCAUUUUCUGAUAUAGCAUAUUUGACGAAUAAGCAAGAAGGUUAUUCAAUAGCGGUUAAGGAAAACCAAGUUUGCUAUGUAAUUUUAUUUGCUCCUGGAAAGGUGCCUGGUUAUCCGUAUAAACUGCCAUAUGGAAUUACAUGGAGCCAGUGCAAUUCAGAUAUUGUAAGACGGUUAGGAGAGCCUGAUAAAAAAUCAAGCUCAACUAAUUUAGGGAUAGAGAUCACUUAUACGCGUUUUGGGCUUUCUAUAGAAUUUCAUAAUGCUGAUUGAAAUGAUAUAAGAAAUCCUAUAAAAUCUUUGAUUAUUUUUGAGCCAAAAAGAAUUGAUGCUUUUGAUUAUGAUGAGCAGACGUGCUUUUGUGCUCAAUGCACCAAGCCUUCUCAAUUUCGUUGCUCAAGAUGCAAAAUUUUUAAUUAUUGCUCUCGAGACUGUCAACGUAUACAUUGGGAAAUUCAUAAAAAUACUUGUAGAAAAAGAGACUAA